GCUUCAUAACACACUCACGUUCUUCCACUUCGUCUUAUCCUUUCUGUUUCUCUGUCUUUCGCGCGGCGUGGUGCGAGAAUGUCCCAUCAUUCCAGAGGGAACAUUCUUUCAGGUUUUCUUCCAGUACAUCACAAUGUCCAACUCGAAUCGGAGUCACGACCAGUACAGACUGCUGGGCAACCGGAACCCCAACGGGCUCCAAAGCGGCGCGCUCUUCUCAUCGGUAUCCGCUACAAGGGUAAUAGGGAGUACGGGGUGUUACCGGGAACGUACGACGGUGUAGACGCGUUCUGGACACUUUUAGUUGAUAAGCUGAAAUAUCAGCCUGAUGAUAUAACAAUCAUGAAGGAUGAUCCGGAGACGAAGGACAGCUUACAGCCUACCGAGGUUAACAUCCGUUGGGAGUUGCAGGCCUUAGUUGAAGGAGCUAUGCCAAAGGACCGGUUCACGCUACUCUACUGUGGACAUUCCCGCCAGAUCCCUGUGGAGGAGAAAGGAGACCACCACGAAGAAGAUAAUAUGAACGAAGCAAUCAUUACAUCUGACACACAGGAUAUAAUUGAUAAUGCACGCUGCGUUGUUGUCUAUGUGUACUGGGCCGUCUUUAUCCUGAUACUACCCAUUCACUUCCAGGAUCUCAAACGAAUACUCGUUGAUUCUCUGCCAACGGGCAGCCAUCUUACCGCCAUCUUCGACUGCUGUCACUCUGGAACACUUCUCGAUCUUCCGCACUAUCACUGUAACAAUGUUUGGGUCCCAUGGAUUUCGAAAGGUGAACGCCGAACUAAGUCGAGGAUGAAUUAUUUGGUCAAAGGCAUGGACGUGUUCUAUGCAAAAAUCUCUGACCUCGUCCCCACCGCACUCCGCUUUCCUAAUCGCGCCAACGCCACAUCACCACAACACUCACCGCCGUUGCCAUCUCCUCAUUGGUCUUCCCAUGGACGUCCACUGAGCCCAGCUGCACGUCCAACUCGUUCUCCACCUCCUACCCCUUCAUCACACUCACACUGGUUACGACCGAGGUCACCACCCGUGCUGGUUCCAGCUGCUAGUGCCAGUAGGAACAUAUCGGGGAGUCCAGAUCCGACGCCACCUCUCCGCAAACGUGCGGCUGUGGCACCAGAUUCUUCCACGACGCCAUUCGCGCAAUCGCCAAAUUCUGAGAAUGUCGACUCUGAUAUCAACUCCACCACGCGUAAACCGCCCAUUCGCAAGCCCGUCGCUCGUGGAACUCAUCCUCCAGCGUCGCCACACCCGAUUCGUUCACUCAUGCAUCAAGUCAACGUAGAUCCCAGCAUCAUGAUCCCAGCUGUGGACUGGAAGGUACCGGACCUCGGUACGAGGGUUCCGCAGCUGCAUUCGCACUGCGAGAGUCCAGGGAGUGAGUAUGACUGCGAUGGGUGGUGCAGGGAGUCAUGGGGAAGGGGUACAGGUGGUAAGAGUCCGGAUGGAGGCGAGAAGCCUACGGUUAUAUCGUUAGGGUCGUGCUCGGACCCACAAUUGACGUGGGAGACUCCGGAAGGGAAGUCUAUGACACAGUUCAUCUGCCAGUACUUGUCGAAAUUCGAGGAUGGGACGUCACCCACUUAUAGAGAACUUAUGAUGCAUUUAAAUUAUACACUUCAUGACCUCGGGUUGAAUCUCCACACGUGGACACGCGGCCGCAGGGAUGAACUCAGAAAUCAGUCGAAGACCCAUACCAGAUCUCAAGGCAAGAACAAAACUAAAGUUAAACGAAAGCGCGAUCAAGAGGAUCCAGAGGACAAUCGCGGGGAAGGGUCUCCUGGAGAGAUAAAUAACUUUCAAUCGCCCUGCUUGAGCAGUCUGUCUAUGUUGGAUAUGGACACACCAUUCUUGUUGUGAACGUCUUGCCUUUCAGGCUUGUACACGGGCCGGUGUUCGUCUAGGGAUCAAAGACAUCGGCUUAUUCUUCACAUUGGUACAAAAAAUUACGCACCGUUUUAUUGCUCGACCUCUUCGAUUUGGAUCUGACGCGACACCGGCAGGAGAAGGUCAUUAAAUCCACAUUUCAUUCCUUGGCUUAUACAUCGGCGAUUUUGGUUUUGUACGGCUGUAUGUUACGUUGCGGUCCAUCCCUUUGCAUUCAAGAAAGAUGUAGUGCCAGGGGUACUUUGGUGAACGAAAAGUAUAUCGCCACUGUGUAGCGCUGCAGUCAUUGCG